UCUUCUUUUAGUUUCUCCAGUAAAUAGGAUUUGAUGCACUCUGUCUUCUUUUAGUUUCUCCAGUAAAUAGGAUUUGAUGCACUCUGUCUUCUUUUUAAAUUUUAUUUCUAAUUCACUAAUUACAGGUCUUCCAGGCAUACUACUAACAGAAUCAUGUCAAGAAGGCCCUCCCGACGUCUCGCAGAUGGUGGGAAUAUUUCAUUCAUCAGCUCUUUACAUUCCAAAACAAGCUCAUCGCCUUUAUUAUCUCUUGGACUUGUGGUUGUGGGUUCAUUUCUUGUUAUUGGAUAUCUGUACAGUGGUUCAGGUGGAUCUAGGAGUGAUAUAGAAGCUGCAAGUAAACUUGAAGGUGAAUAUCUGUUAUUGCUAAGUAUAGUUUGGUAUAUAAGGAUGCAUAACCUAGAGCUUUAUCAUUUUGUCCUUCAUUUAGAGAGAUCUGAAGAGUUUGAUUGGAGUUAAAAGAUAUGUUUGUUGGACUUUUGGGUAGUGACCCUAAUCCCCAUGCUUGGGGGAUGGCAACCUUAUUUUCUAAUAAUUAAAGGCAGAACAUUGUCUAUGCCAAUAAGAAAUCUAAUUAAAGGAACAUUUAGAGAUUCAAUAAUGAGUUAUUAUGUUUUCUGUAAUAAGCACCCAUACUUAUUGUCAAAUCACCAUUGCAGUUUGAUGUUUAUUUCUUACUCAAUCAGCCAUCAGCCAUCAUUUUGAAACUUGUAAUUUGCUUAUGCCAUAUCAUCACAGCUGCUUUUUAUUCUGUAGUUGAAUUUUACUUUCACCCUGCUCUUGAUUAUGUAUUUAGGGUGGACACCUGGCUAAAGUGAUACUCACAUUAUAUAUAUAUAUUUGGUUAAGGAAGCAAUAAUCUAUGUCUCAGUUUCCUCUUGAUAUUUGAAAGUUGUUCGACUGCAAAAGUUCAUUUGCACAAUUUUACUAGAUGGCUUGGAUUGCUUAUAUAUGGAGGAUUUGAUUUAGGGACCUAAUCUAGACUGUGUAGUGUAAAGAUGUGAUCAUACUGAGGCAGGACAAGCUUAUGUGUGCAAUGUUUUAAGGAGACAUUUUGUUGCUUUUACAGCUUCUGUGAUUUGGCUUCCCAAAUUAAUAGAAAGAAAAUAUGAUUGAUUCCCGUGCUGAUGUAAACCAUGUUAUAUGGACUCGGGUAUGAGCAUCAGGUGUGGGUAAAUGUCCAAGCAUUGGAUCUUUCUAAACCUAAAUCCUAGGAUAUUGGAAUAUGCAUCCCAAAGUUGGGUAUGGGUACGGGUACAUGUUUUAAAUAAUUAUAUAUAUUGCAUAUUGUAUAAUUUUUUAAAAUAAGAUGUUAUGAAUUAUUUAGAAAUGUACUUCAAAUUAAAUGGAAUUUAGGGAUAAUUUGAAAUUUAUCUCCCAGCCGCGUGAGAAACUAGAAAUGUUUCUAUACUAGAAAAUGUGAGCAUCUUUUUCUUCAGAUAUCAUAUAAAUUAGAAGAUCCAAAUGUCUAAAUUGGGUGUGGGUUUCAGACUCAUCCCACAUUUGUAACCUUGUCAUAUCCAGCAAGCACGGGUACAUUGGAGGAAAUAGAAGAGUUUGUAGUUCAGGAUGUAAACUACUACUAAACCUCUUGUCAGGAUAUUGGAAGUGGAUCUAAUGGUGCCUUCUUUUUA